UGAGGUAAAAAGGCAGGAAAGGUUUCAUUUCACACCCUGACACUGACAAUAGUCAAAGAGGGACCAUCUCGGCUUCUCCACUCCUUAAUUUUCUUUUUCUUCUCUGUUUUUUUUCUAUCCAGUUUUCCAUGCCCAACUGAUGAUCCCCUUGAGAAUGUGAGGAGGCGACUCAUUGUGUAACAGCAGCGUUCCAUGUGUUGGAAAGAGAUGACACAGUAACAUGGAGGUGUGGCAUUUACUGGGUUAUAAAAGGAAGGCCGAGAGUCUGAGCUGCACAUGAGCACCUGUCAUUGCCUCUAGCAAGAGCACUAAGAACUUGGCACACAGUAAACGUGUGGACGUUGCUUUCUGUGGAUAUUAAAAGCGUGUUUUAGUCUUUACAAUGGAUCUCUCUCUGCACACCAUUCUGCUGAUCUCUGCCACAUUCUGUGUGUUUGUUGAAGAAGGAUUUGGACUACCCCUCUUCCAAACAUCAGAAACCCAGAGCUUUUCUUCUACAGCCGCAAGGGUUCGAACCAAACGCUGCUCCUGCAGUAACUGGAUGGAUAAGGAAUGCAUCUACUUUUGCCACUUGGACAUAAUCUGGGUCAACACACCUAGUAAGAUCACCCCGUAUGGCCUCGGAAGUCCUCUGUCUCGUCGGCGGCGCUCCACCGGGCGUUGCGAAUGUGCCAACCCCAACGAUCCUACCUGUUCCACUUUCUGCCACACCAGCUCAAUGGACCCAAGCCUAGUGAUUGUGAGUCCACUUGAUCCUGAUGUGGGCGAUGUGGAUAAAACUGACAAAGAUCUCCUCACAUAUUUCAGGCAAGUUGCCAAGGCGAAUCUCCUCGCAGCCGAGCAUUCUUCUGUCUUAAGAAAAAAACUGAUCAAGACCAACAAAUCUUGAGCCAGCCAGAGAAAGAUGCAGAGCGAUAAGAAACAAAGGAUCAAAAUCUUCCCAGGAAGAGAUGUCAUUCCUUGGUAAGAAACUGAUGCCCUUGAGAGGAUCUCUUCUGCUCAAAACUGGGCUAUGACUGGAAGGACAAUUGAGAGAAAGUUCUCUCAGAAGACAAUGGAAGUCCUAAGAAUGCUCAUGGGGGAAAAAAAAAAAUACAUCUAUUAAAUAUACUGACAGUGUUAAAAGGAAAAGACUUAAGGCAUUCAGGGCUGCAAUUAAUACACAGAAACGUCACGGAUCAGAGAAGCAGUGGAAUGUCUGAAAAUGCCUAUUUGAAUAGAAGUGUGCCUUGUGUUGUUUUACAAAUGGAGGAAUGGAGCACCUUCAACACCUGUGAAAUGGUGGCCUUUCCAAAGCAAGGAAUGUUAAGCCAAACCGCAAAAAAACAAAACAAAACAACAAAAAAAAAAAAAAAAAAAAAAAACAAAGCCAUGUGGGAGUCAUGUUUGAUAGUUUAGUACUAACAAAUGAAAACUGUAAAUCCUAGCCUUACAAAUGAGGCACUUAUUUGUGCAAAAAAGUUCAAUACUGCAAUACUGUUAAAUAUAACAGUGAUGUGUCUGUAUACUAAGGUCUUUUUAUCCUCUCCUUUUAGUACAUUCUGUUCUUCUCUUCAUUUCAGAUGCACUUCUCUGUAUCAGAGUUUCAUAUUAUUUAAUUUCUCUUGAAAAUGCUACCUCUAUGCACUCUGUUGCUGGAAUUAUGGAGGAAGACAUCAUAAACACUGAGUUUAUGCUUUUGUUUCUACUCUAUGAUAACAAUGACCAAAGGUUGCUAUGCUGUCUUAUCUUAGUUUGCCAGUGGAUUCUUUGGGACACAUAUAAGCUGUUUUAUGAAAUGGAUCAACCACCCAGGGCUCAUGAGGGAGUUUUUUUUUCUUGGCCUCUUUGUGAACGCAGAAAUAUUAUUAACAUAGUUACUGUUGCGUGUUUUCAGUUACAUGUGCAAACGAGUUUCAAUGGCUUGGAGCUUGCCAACAAAUUGCAGUAAUUGUUUUUUCCUGCAAUAGAACAAGCCAGCUAAUGUCCUUGUAAUUUCCCAUUAUAAGAAACAAGCACUGGGUUCCAGUGGAAUGUGUUUAAUGGGAGGCCUUUUAUCUACUGCUUAUAGCUUGAUGUUUGUCUUCUGCAUGUGUUUGGCAUGCAGAACAACUCAGUGCUAUGUCAACAACUACUGUUUCUUCUCUGAUAUCAAGGGAAAGGCCAUUUUCAGCCUUCAGCUUGACCACAGAUACUUGAAUGUUUAGUUUCACAGCCUGCAGGGCCUAUAUCAUGUUGUAAAGUAGCAUGCUUUAAAAAAAUGUUAUUUAUUUAAUUUAUUGAGCUCACUUAUUUAUAUUUUGUACCUCAUUUUCAGACAGGUUUUAUCUCAAAUAAAUUAUUGGAACUGAAA